GAAAUGCACCUUUUAAUAAAAUCAUAUAUAAUCGGGUUAAAACCUUCUGUAGUAUAACCUUUAUUCUUUACUGAAACAAAAGAAUUGCAAGAGCAAUUAUCGUGUUGACGAAACUCAUUAAAUAUUGAAACGCAUCUUCCUUUUUUUCGCCGAGUGUCUGUUAAAAAGGCGGGCAACUGCUGUUGUUUAAAUUUCGUCACUACGUGAUAUAUGCAGCAAAGCCGUGUAUUUUACAGAUCAGAAUCGUUCUACGUUUACAAGAAUAGGAAUACGAAAUGUACGCUAAUAAUAUAGUUUUAAAAUAAAACCAAAGACUGUAUUUAGUAUAUUUAUGUUUUGUAUACUUUUUAGGUUGGUUCCUCAAUACAAAAAUAUUUAUUAACAGUUUAUAAAAAAACUAAGGAUGGUUUUUGAAGUACUCGCACUUGAGGAUGUUUUGUGGCUCAACAACGAUAAUAAAGUGCCAAACUUUCGACAAAUGGCAACCAAUGUAAACUGCAACAACAACAACAACAAUAACAACAACAAGAACAACGUUGAAGAAGAUAGCUUGUGCUCCAAUGAGUCGGAAUGUGCUUUAAUCGGAGCUGUUCCUCCGCUGUCUUCUGUCAUGACCUUGUUGCAACGCCGUGAAGUUACGUCGAAAUCGCCAAGUGCAAUUCCAGCAGAACAGUGGCCAACUUCGUCACCACCUAAUCAACUGGAUAUUGAUGAAAAUGUUGGCAAUAACUUUGCUGACAGACAACAAGACAAUGAGCCAACAGACAACCAAGUGGCGCAAGUUUUUCCCGUUGACGUUGAAUACCCGUGUACUCCAAACCACGCAUUGCUUUCUCCGGAAUUUACCUGGAGAUUUCAUAAUCCCCCUCAACCAGAAGUAAGACAAACAUUGUCCAGCCAACUGAUCCACAAAGGAGAAUAUUCUCUUAUAUAUUACGAGGAUUUUGAGGAAAGGCCAUCUUCGAUAUGUAUAUCAAGGAAACGAAGACAAGCAGCCAAUGCAAGGGAACGGCGAAGAAUGGAAGGCUUGAAUAAAGCGUUCGAUUCUCUAAGGAAGGUUGUUCCGUCCAUCAGCCGCAGAAGGAAACUUUCAAAGUAUGAAACUUUGCAAAUGGCUUUGAGUUAUAUUGAAGAAUUAGGACGAAUUUUGCAGACGACACCAUCUGAAGCAAAUGAAAAAUGUAGCAAUGAAGCUGAUACCUUACAUUGUGAUCGUAAAUGUAAUGUUAAAAUAGAAAAAAAAGAUGAUGAGUUUUUACGAUGACCCAAACCGAAACUGGUUUGGUCCUUAAGUUCCGUCAAGAUUUGUAGUGUAGCUUUUGUUCUGAAUUUGCACAUUAGUGAUGAUUUCUCAUAAGUAAAUUUUACCCCAUAUUGCACAUUUUCUAAUUUUACCACGAGCUUAUUGCUGUUGGUUUAUAUACAGCAUCGGAUUGUUUGUCUUAUAUAUGAAUAUGGAAUUAACACGAUCGGGUAAACUAUCGAAGUAUAAUUGCACAGUUGUAAGAAAAAUCCAUAGGCACGUAUUCCUUUUUCAUUC